ACGUUCGGAUGUGUAAACCUACGUUGUGCCGCAUUUUUCGCAUAGCAAUGAAAUUAGCGUGAACCCGUGGGUGUCCCAUAUCCGCGUGCAGCACACAAAACCCCAAGUCACCGUAAAGCUACGUUUCGUGCCUGUCGUUUUAGCGGCAAACGUCGGUUACGGUUUCACCGAUCGUUCCAUCCACCCAUCUCACGGUGAAGGACAGCACGCGUGUCUGUCUGGCCCGGCUCGACCUACAUUGACGCAAAACACUACACGACCCAAUGUCCAAUGUUUUUCGAUAGAUUUUGAGUGAGCGAGAGAAACAAAGAAGAAGAGAGUAAUAUCUUUUCCUUCGAAAUCCUUGCCAUCACCGGGGUGGAAAGUGCCAUACAGCAGUAGCAGAAUUAUUAACAGAUUUAAUUAGAGCAAAUUAUCGUCGAUAGCAAACGUGACCUCGCGUUAAAGCAAAAAAAUAGCCAACCCAACUCACGGGGAUCCCCACUCGCACAACUAAGCAACAAUGUGCAGCGCAAACGAAAACAACGGUGCCACCUCGCCGUCGGUGCUUUCGGAAAAUCCGAGCGACUACGGUAGUAACUUAAAAAUAUUGGACUGCAACGACCAAAUCAAAGAACUGCAGACGAUCAUUCGGGACAAAAACACCACGCGGAGUGACUUCAAAUUUUAUGCCGACCGGCUGAUUAGGCUGGUGAUCGAGGAAAGCCUGAACCAGCUGCCAUAUUCAGACUGCUCCGUUAUCACACCGACCGGUGCCAUCUACGAUGGGUUGCGGUAUCGCUCGGGAAACUGUGGCGUUUCCAUUAUCCGAUCCGGUGAAGCGAUGGAGCAGGGUUUACGUGAUUGUUGCCGAUCGAUACGAAUCGGUAAAAUUCUGGUCGAAUCAGAUGCCGAAACGCAUGUGGCUAAGGUGGUGUACGCACGGUUUCCAGACGAUAUCGCCCGACGGCAAGUACUGCUAAUGUAUCCGAUAAUGGCCACAGGAAACACCGUGAUACAGGCGGUCAGCGUAUUGAAAGAUCACGGCGUCAAAGAGAGUUCGAUCAUUUUAUCGAAUCUGUUCUGCACUCCAGUGGCUGCCCGAAUGGUGGUGACCGCUUUUCCCGACCUCAAGAUACUAACGUCCGAACUGCACCCAGUCGCACCGAACCAUUUCGGACAGAAGUAUUUCGGCACGGACUGAGAGCCAUCGUUCAUGUUCCACAGCAAGCGUUUACAAUCCUUCUCGGUUUGGCCAACGGUCUUUUGUGGCGUGUUUCCCAGCGCCCGAACACUUUUUACGUUCAGCUAGUGAAUAGGUGUAGCAAGGAUGGCCCGGACCAUGUAUCAAAUGAUGUGUCGCAACGCAACGAGGGAGUACUUAGUUCUUUAAAUCCGGCCGCAUACAUAUUCAGAUACUUAAUGGAAGGGAAUCUAGAUGUGCUUACCUGUGUUUGAUCCAAUCCAAUCCAGGGCAAAAGAGUAGAAACGGCCGUAUGCUGCUGCUUCGUUAAUGGGUCUCCAGCCAUGGCACGGUUGCGCUAUACACAACAGUACUGCUGUAGUAGUGCUAAGCUUUAAAGUAAAGGAAUUAAAAAACAUAAGCAAAGUGAAUUCACUGUCCCGAUACUAAUAAUACUUAACGUUCCUCCGGGGGCUAGGAAGAAAUACGUUAGUACUGUAAUAAGGCAUAUAAAAUUGUUCAUAAUAUACGUACUUUUUAAAGUAGAAAAUCGUUGCUUUCUUGC